AUGAGGCAGCGAGCAGCAAUGGACGGCGACUCGAGCGGGGGCGGCGCCGCUGCUAGGAAGGGUGGCGAGGAGCCAGAGUUCCUCGACUCGCAAGGUUGGGCGGUGGUGCUGGGAAGGGUGGUGCUGGCAAGGGUGGUGCUGGCAAGGGUGGUGCUGGCAAGGGUGGUGCUGGCAAGGGUGGUGCUGGCAAGAGUGGUGCUGGCAAGGGUGGUGCUGGGAAGGGUGGUGCUGGCAAGGGUGGUGCUGGCAAGGGUGGUGCUGGCAAGGGUGGUGCUGGCAAGGGUGGUGCUGGCAAGGGUGGGAUGCAUGGCAGUGGCAAGGAUCUGCAUAUCGCUGUUGCUACUCGCAUAUGCAUUGUUCAUGGUGCAUGGGGUCAUCAACCUCGUGGUCUCUCCCUGGAGCCAGGUGGCAUCAGUAGCAGCCUCCGUCUUUCUCCCUGCCUCCCUCUGGCUGCAUGGCACCACACACCACCUUCUCUUCAUCCGUCCUCUCAUUCCGCCUCCUCUUUUCUCCCUCCCUCUCCGUCCCUCCUCUCCCUCAGACGUGGCAUCAGUAGCAGCCUCCGCCCUUCUCCUCGCUUCCCUCUGGCUGCACGGAUCAACUCGUCACCUUCUCUUCACCUCUUCUGCUGCUCUCUCCGCUGCGCUUGCUCUCUUCUGGUGCUACACCCUGCUACAGUAA